AUGGUGGAGCUCAGAAGAGAAGAUCCUAGAAAUUUCAAGAAAUUCCUCUGCAUGCUAACUGAAAUGAAUGAUAAAAUAUUUGAGAGGGUCCGUCAUCGCCUCUUGAAACAACACACCUGGUAUAGGGACCCCUUGGAUCCAGGCCUCAAAGUAGCUGCCACUCAACGCCACCUGGUUUCUGGUGCCAAGUACUCAGACAUGCAGUACUCCUGGCGGGUCGCUGAGAAUACGCUCUCUGUAGUGGUCAGAGAAGUAUGUCAUGCUAUAUGUGAGGAAUAUGUUGACGAGGCUAUGACAGCCCCCUCCACACCUGAAGAAUGGAAACAACUGGCUGAUGGUUUCCUCAAGAAGUGGGACUUUCCUAAUUGUGUUGCUACCAUUGAUGGUAAAGACAUAGCCAUCAGAAAGCCUGCCAGCUCUGGUUCUUUAUAUUAUAAUUAUAAGGGUUUCUUCAGCAUCAUCUUACUGGCCAUUGUCGACACGGACUACAUGUUGAUGAGGUUAUGA